GUGAACUACUCUACUACUCUACUACUCUUUCUUGCAACGAAAAUCAAAGCACUGCUAAUAUCCCUAACACCUAAAGAAUAUAAAACGAUCACAAUGGAGAGCGUGGCUUCAACCGAGGCUGGGACAAUGAAAAAGAAACGAAAUCGGGCCAAUCGAAAGGCAAAGAAGGUGGAAAGUGAUCAACAAAACGUGGUUAAUGCUGUAUAUUUGGCAACGUACGCACAACAAACGCCUUUGGCCGUGGAACGAGACAAUCUACCGGCAGUUUCUUUCAAUCAGGAUCAUCCAAAAAUCCCCGUUGAUUCUUCUUCCAUCAAGGAACCCAAAUCGGAAACAUUGAACCAACUGGCACGGAAACCCAGUCGCCGCCGUAAACGGAAAACAAAAGGCUCCCACGAGGAUCACGCAACAGACGAUCGCUUGGCUUCGCUUACGGUCGAGGAAGUGUUUCCUGCGAAGUAUUGCCAAUCGCAAACCAUUGAUCAUAACGAAGAGAGUUGUAGACCAAACCCUGAUUUUCGAGAGCCGCCCAAAAGUAAAAAAAUAGGAUUGCCUGUUGAAAAAGCUCUCUGCUUUGCAGGAAUUGAAAACAUACAUGCGUGGUCGUUGUUCCCUGGUUCCGAUAGGGCUUAUUCGAGUUCAAUAAUUAAAGACAUUUGUGUUGAUGCCAUUUUCCCUCGGUUCACAUUUGAUAGUGGCGUAUAUAUAAUUAAUUCUUGCAAGCAGAUUUUGCCGGUGCAAUAUAAAGUACAGAACUCUGUAAAAGAACCCAAGAUCAACAUCGACUUUGCAAAGGAAGGGUUGCAGCAUAUUGGCUGUGAGGAGUUAUUUCCCUGCAACCAACCCGUCAACUCCUCCAGUAACGGUCCUGCAAGAGAGGAUAGCAAACUUGCAAGUAUGAAUGCUCGCCCGGAAGUGUCAAAAACGGACAAAUCGCGUGAGCAAAUUCUUGCUGAGCGUGAGGCAAAAAAAGCCGUUAAGCUGGCUGUAAAAAAUAAAAGCAAAUCGAAAGGCGCUACCAGUGAACAGCAACCCCCGGAACGAACGAAACAGCGACAGCCAGAUGAAACGAAAGAGGAACACUCAAAACAGCCAGGUGCCGUUGCGCCGUUGGCCAAGUCCGACACGGAUGCAAGCAUUUGUGAGAAAUUGAAAGAAUUGCACAUAACCGAUGCAACAGUCACAGGUAAGGCAGACGAAUCCGAGACUGCUGGAAGUUCUGUCUCUGCAGCCUGCACGACCCGGGACCAGCUUAAGAUGGCAGAAGGGAAGUCACAAUAUAAUGCCCCGAACCAUGGUCUGGUUGAUAAAGAUUCGAUGUCCUUAGCGAAACCUCCGAAGAAGACACUGUCUAAAGCGGAACGAAGAGCGAUCCAGGAAGCACAACGUGCAGCCAAAUUUGGCACACAGCAGACUAAAAAAUUAGAAGCUAUAAAACCGCCGGUUGCCACACGAACGCAAGAGGAUUGUGCAAAAAAAUUGUCCUCGACAAGCGGUAUCGCGAAGCCUGUGGUUAGGAAGAUCGUUCCAAGCGUUGGUGUCGCCCCACCGCGCAAGCAUAUUGUGAAUCUUUUUAAUCAUCUCCAUCAACCCAAGAUGGCUGCGGCCGAAGUUAUCAACUCUCCGACAAUACAUCCGGUUGUUACGAAGCUUGGCAUACGCUAUGGGGGCGGUACGGUGGCCGGAUCGAAGGCACGCUGUCUGGCAUUGCUGAAUGUUGUCAAGCAAUUAAUACACGACUACGAGACACCCCCGGAGAAGGAGUUUUGCCGCAGCUUCGAAGAAACGCUAAACAGUGCUGUCGCAUAUUUGCAGCGUUGUCGCCCUUUCUCAGUUUCGAUGACGAAUGCUUUGCGCCACGUAAAGAUGAACAGCCGCCAGCUAGACGCAAAACUGUCCGACUCGGAACAAAAGGAAUAUCUGCUUGAAGCGAUCGAGGCUUACAUUCGCGAUCACAUGGAAAAAGCGGAGGAAGCGAUCUGCAUUUCGGUGCAGGAGAAAAUCUACGAUGACGAUGUCAUUCUAACCUACGGAUGCUCUUCACUUAUCAAGCACAUCCUUGAGGAAGCGAAUCGUCGAUCGAAAGCCUUCCGCGUGAUAAUUGUGACCGCGCGACCGCGCGAGAAAGAGAACGCAAUGUUGGAGCAACUCGUAAGUCAGGGCGUAAGCUGCAUGUGCGUACUAAUCAACGCCGUUAACUACGUGAUGCCGGAAGUGACAAAAGUGUUACUCGGAGCACACGCGCUGCUGGCGAACGGGUCUGUGAUGAGCCGCGUCGGAACCGCACAGAUUGCGCUCGUUGCCAAGUCGUACAACGUGCCUGUCCUAGUAUGCUGCGAAACGCACAAAUUUACUGAACGUGUCCAAACCGAUGCCUUCGUCUACAACGAGCUUGGAAAUCCAAACGACCUGGUGCUGUCCCCGAGGACGCGUGAUUUGGCCGAGGCGAAGCCAAUGCUGACCGGCUGGGAAACGAUAAGUUCUUUGACUAUAUUAAACCUGCACUACGAUGUAACGCCGCCGGAGUUAGUGACGGCUGUCGUUACCGAGGUAGCGAUUUUGCCCUGCACCAGCGUACCAGUGAUUUUGCGUAUAAAACCAUCCGAUGUAGCGUACUAAUGGCCGUUACAAAAUCGUUUUCCAGGAAAGGCGAAGGCGACAUAAAAAAGAUAACACUACUAUUGUUUAUUGCUAACAACGAAAUCAGCUUAAGAUGUGUUU